UUGGCGAUUGAGCGUGCUCGGGCGCUCCUGUGAACUAUGCAGAGUCAAUAUUAUUUUAUUACUGUAAUCGUGACUGCUCUGUGGUUCAGAGUGGAAGCAACGCGUGCCAACUCUGAAGUAUGUUUCCCGCCACAUUUCAUGUUUGGUGUUGCCACAGCCGCGUACCAGAUAGAGGGCGCCUGGAACAUUUCAGGUAAAGGCGAAAGUAUUUGGGACCGCUAUACUCAUACUCACCCGGAGCGCAUCUUCGACCACAAGACGGGCGACGUGGCCGCCGACUCAUAUCACCGGGUCAAGGAGGAUGUCCGCCUGCUGGUUGCGCUGGGCGUGCACCACUACCGCUUCAGCAUCUCCUGGCCAAGGAUACUGCCCACUGGUCUUAGCAAUGACAUUAACGAAGACGGCAUAAGGUACUACAGCGAGCUAGUCGACCAGCUGCUAGCGAAGAAUAUCGUGCCCAUGGUGACCCUGUACCACUGGGACCUGCCGCAAGCGUUACAGGACCUCGGUGGCUGGACCAACCCUAUCAUUGCCGAGUAUUUCCACGACUUCGCUAAGAUUGUGUUCGAGCACUUGAGCGACCGCGUGAAGGUGUGGUUCACGUUCAACGAGCCGCUAUCCUUCUGCCAAGAGGGGUACGGCGGUACGGAUGCACCCGGCGGCAACAGCAGCGGCUUCGAGGACUACCUCUGCGGACACAACGUACUGCGCGCGCACGCUUCUGUCUACCGCAUGUUCGAGCGCGACUACAGACACACGGGCGGUGCUGUUGGCAUAGUGUUGGAUUUUGCGUGGAUGGAGCCCGCGAGUACGGCCCUAGAGGAUCAGAAGGCUGCUGAAACCGCACGGCAGUUCCAAUUUGGCUGGUUCGCGCAUCCGAUCUUCUCCCCCGAGGGCGACUACCCGCCUGUCAUGAAGCAACGUAUCAACGAAAUCUCCAAACGUCAGAAUUUCCCACGCUCCCGUUUGCCAGUAUUCACGCAGGAGGAGUUGGUUUCCUUACGAGGCUCUUCCGAUUUCCUCGGCCUGAACCACUACACCACGUGCCUGGUGGCGGCGGGGAACGGCAAGAUAUACCCCCAGCCCUCCUUCUAUACUGACAUGGGUGUCCUCAUUUCACAGAACCCGGACUGGCCGCGGACUAAUUCCACUUGGCUUAGAGUUGUGCCUUGGGGUUUCCGUCGUGCAUUGAACUAUAUCCGCGUAUCGUACAACAAUCCGCCAGUGCUGGUGACGGAGAACGGCGUGUCGUUGCCGCGGGGGACACAUGACUUGCGGCGCGUGCAAUACGCGGCGAGUUAUCUACGCGCGAUGCACCAAGCCAUGCAAGACGGAUGCGACGUACGCGGAUACACGCACUGGAGUCUCAUUGACAACUUCGAAUGGACUAGAGGAUACUCGGAACGAUUCGGUCUUUACGAUGUGAAUUACGCGUCCUCAGCCCGCACGCGCACUCCGCGACUCUCUGCGCGCUUCUACGCCAAACUGACGCGCAUACGCUGCUUGCCCGAUUCAUGGGAAUAAAUAUUUAUUAAAACUGUA